AUGUCGGAAAUUCUAAAUAUUAAUGAACGUCCAUUCUCAGAUGAGAAUAUUAUAAAGAGAGACUAUCAUAGCUAUGUUCCCUAUAUUCAAUCAUUUAAAAAUAAUGAUGAGAUUCGCAUAAGUAUACAAAACCAAGACCUUUACAUUCUACCAUCGGAAAGCUAUCUUUAUAUUGAAGGUUAUUUAAGAAAAGCAAAUGGCGAAGUUUCUUCAAAUGCUAGACUAAGAAAUAACUGCGUGGGUUACAUGUUUGAUGAAAUUCGAUAUGAACUUAAUGGAAUUGAAAUUGAUCGCACACGUUAUCUGGGUCUGACUACUAAGGUUAAAAAUUGGAUUUCUCUAAGUGAACCUGAAAGCAAAUUUAUGAGUAAUGCUGGAUGGAAUGUAGAUGAUGUGUCAACCAAUACCUUCAAUUUCUGUUUACCACUGAAUCGUUUGCUUGGAUUUGCAGAAGACUUUAAAAAAGUAAUUUGCAAUAGCAAACAUGAUUUGAUUCUAUUGCGAAGUUCCAAUGAUGCAAGUGUCUGUUAUUCUACAGACUCAAAAGAAGAUAUCCGUCUUACCAUUACAAACAUCGUGUGGAGAGUACAACAUAUUAAUUUGUCUGACUAUAGAAAAAUUAGUUUCCUUAAAACAAUAAAGGAUGGAAGGUCAUUGCCAAUAGCAUUUCGUAGUUGGGAUUGCUAUUUUAACCCCACAUUUGUUGGCGGAAGACAACAUAGCUGGAAUGUCAAAUUGUCUGCAAAUCAUGAAAGGCCACGAUAUGUAGCUUUUGUAUUUGAAAAAGAUAACAAAUUGUUGCAUUGUGAUCUUCAAAACAUUAAAGUACAUUUGAAUUCUGAAACGUAUCCCUACGAUGAUCUAAACCUUAAGUUUGGAGAAAAUCGUUAUGCGGUACUCUACGAUAUGUAUGCCAAGUUUCAAGAAACAUAUUAUAUGCGAGAACCACAACCACUUCUUUCCUACAUAAGUUUUAAGGGUAAUCCAAUCGCUGUCAUUGAUAUAAGCAAUCAAAAUGAAGCCGUGAAGAAUGGACCGAUUGAUUUGAAAAUACAAUUUGAAACCAACACACCAAUACCUCAAAACACCUCAGCAUAUUGUCUAAUAAUCCAUGAUCGUCUGGUGGAAUACAUACCUUUGACUGGAAUUGUUCGAAAAGUAGUAUAA